AUGGGCAUCUGGUGCAAGAAGCAGGGAGCCUGCCGACCCUUCGCUGCUUGCAUCAAGAAGCGCCUGCACAAGCGCCGUCCGCCGCUGUCGCGGCCCGGCGAGGAUCCGGCACCGGAGGUGCCAGAUCUUCCGCCCUAUGAGAGGCUUUGGCACAACCGUUGCCGCCGCGAGGUCUUGCUUGCACCAGAGCCGUCCCAGAGCCUGGGCGCUUGCGCUUGCACUGGCUGCUGCAAGCUGGAGAGCUGCCUGAACGCCGUGAUGCUUGUGGAGUGCGGUCCCCACUGCUGUGGCGUAGAGGAAGCGGAGUGCGAAAACCGCCAGUUCUCCCGGGCGCAGCUGGGCGACUACGAGGAUCUUGCAGAGGUCUUCUGGACUGGACCCCUCAAAGGCUUUGGACUGAGGGCACGGCGCACCAUCCCGAAUGGGCAUUUUGUGGCCGAGUAUGUCGGGGAUAUUGUCUCACAAGAGCGCAUCUCCAAUUGGCAGUACGUCAUGUCCUUGCCUCAUGGUCUGGCGAUUGAUGCCUCCAAGGCUGGGGGCCCGGCCCGCUUCAUCAACCACUCUUGCGAGCCGAACUGCGUCGCCCAGCGCUGGCAAGUUGCUGGCCGCUACCGCGUUGGGGUCUUCGCAGCACGCGAGAUUCAGGCCGAGGAAGAGAUCACAUUCAGCUACUCGAACCUACGCGGGCAAUCUUCGUCCUCCGACGCCUGCCAUUGCGGCUCUCCUUUGUGCUCCGGGCGCAUCUGGCAGCCGCCGAGGAAGGCGCCCAAGAAGACGGCAAAGGUAAAGGCUGCCGACACUGCUUCGUGCAAGCCGACGAAAAAACGUCGUCAACGAGGUGGCACGUGCGAUCUAGCUCCUCCCGGCAACUCAAAGGCAUCAGAGGCUGCCGAUGUCGAGAACGAUGCAGAAGCCCAACAGGUCGAGGAUUGCAACCAGGAAGCAACUUCCAGGAUAGCGGAAGAUGUCAGACAGGCCCAAGUUGGCAUACCAGUGGGCAAGACCGUUGAGGCUCACUGGGAGCAGCACGACUGGGAGCUUAGUGAGAAGUUUUGCGAGGCGUUCUUCUCUAACGCAGCUUGGCAAAACUCGCCCAAGGAGGCCAGGCAGAUGCUGGAGCAGCAACAGCUCCCAUGUGGUAGGGAGCUGGCCGCAGCUUCAGCCCUUGGCCUCUACUUGCCAUCAGCCUUGCUCUCGGCGAGGGAGUCACCCCAAUGUCGUUGA